AUGAGUGCAAGAAAACUUCAACAAGAGUUUGAUAAGACCAACAAAAAAAUUGCGGAAGGCUUGACCGCCUUCGAUGAUAUAUACGAGAAGUUGAUGUCCUCGGAGAUCAGCUCUCAAAAGGAAAAAUUGGAGAGUGAUUUGAAGAAGGAAAUAAAGAAAUUACAGAGGCUGAGAGAUCUGUUGAAGACAUGGCUAGGAGACAGCAGUAUCAAGUUGGAUAAGAACCAACUUCAGGAAAAUAGAACGAAAAUUGAACGUGCUAUGGAUCAAUUCAAGGACUUGGAGAAGUCCUCCAAAAUAAAGCAGUUCUCCAACGAAGGAUUGGAGUUGCAGAGUCAAAAAUCGUCCAGAUUCAGUAGACCGGAAGAUGCUAAGAAGGAGGAAGCAUGCAAUUACAUUAGUGAUAUAAUUGAGCAGUUGAAUCAGCAGAAUGAAUCUUUGGAAGCCGAGAUCCACCAGUUGCUGUCGCAGUUGAAGAAGGCCAAGUCUUCCAAUGUGAACUCCAUCCAGAGUAGUAUCGACGACGAGAGAUACAAGGUAGAGAGAAACGUACUGCAUUUGACGAUGUUAGAGAAGAUUUUGAGGAAUUUGGAGAACGAAAAGUUGGAUCCCGAGAGGAUUGAUGAUAUUAAAGACGAUUUGGAGUACUACAUUGAGAACAACCAAGAAGACGACUACAUUGAGUACGACGAGUUCUACGACGUUUUGGAAAUGAGCGAUGAUAUAGUGGACGAUGUUCAAGGAAGCUUGGCUGUGAGUCAUUUAGAUGAUGUCGAAGAGGAGCUUGAAGAUGAGAAACAACCUGAAAAGGAGAAAGAGAAAGAAAAGGAAAAGGAGAAAGAAACGCCAAAGAAGGUGGAACCGGUUAAGGCCACUCCAGCGAAGGUUACAAACAUUGAAGAGUCAGUGGCAGGAAAUGGAAGCAGUACGCCAGUUAAAAAGACGAAAACAUUCGUAACACCGGCACUGAACCCCCCUCCUCCAUUAGCUUCUUAUUCUAAUAUCAUAAAGAAUGCAACUAGUGCAAAGGCACCUCCUCCUGGAUUCAAGUCUGCUACGGCUUCACCAGCUCCUACUUCAAUCACACCAGUAAAGGUGCCAUCCCCAGCAGCUGCAGCCGCUCCAGUUGUAUCAGCGGCAGUUCCCCCUGUGUCCAAUGCAGCCGUAUCGACGACCCCAGCUGCGACCGUAGUGGACACCGCUGGAACAUCUGCUUCACCUAACUCUGACGACAAAAACAUUGACGUUACCGAAGGCAAAACAUUCUUAGAUACGCUUCCUAGGCUUUCUACCAUUCCGCAAUCCAGAUUAAACAACCCGUUGCCCUUUCAGGCCAUCAACCAAUUAUUGGAGUCUUCACUUUUGAACUGUCCAGACUCCUUUGACGCUGAAAAACCAAGGCAGUACAUCCCAGUGAAUACACACCCAUCGUCGGUUGAUUUCCCACAGGAACCAAUGUAUGAAUUGAAUUCUACGAACAUGAUGGAGAAGUUUGAUAAUGAUACGCUCUUUUUCUGCUUCUACUAUAGCUUUGGGGUGGACAGCUUAGCCAAGUGGAAUGCUGCGAAGGAAUUGUCUAGAAGAGGAUGGUUUUUCAACGAUUCUUUGAAACAAUGGUUUUCUAAGGAUAACAACAGAAAUCAAUCUGUUACCACUAUAGUGAAAGAUGAGGUCAAUGCUAAUGAUAAUAACGACGGAGAAAACUUUAAGUACUUUGAUUACGAAAAGACAUGGCUCACGAGAAGGAGAGAGAACUAUAAGUUCUUACCGGAACUUCGUGAAACCUUUUAA